UGCGCUCCUCCGUCAUUUCGCUUCCCCACCGUUCAUCCCGUCCCGUCCCUCGACUCAGCGGACGCCAUCUUCGCCUCCUGCGCUCUCUCCCCGCCUCGCGCUCGCAGAAGCAGAGACCAGCAGCGAUCCAGCCCUAGCUAGCAUCGCCGCCCGCGUUCCCUGCUCCCACGCCGGCGGGAUGAUCCCGUUCAACCCCGCGGUCGCCGCGGAGGUGCGCGCCCUGAUCCAGGGCGCCGACGAGUCCACCUUCGACCCCAUCUACCGCGAGCUCUGCCAGCUUGCGGAUUGCAGUCCUGAUGGGUGCGUUUUGUUGCUUCAAGUUUGUGUGGACGAAUUGCUGCUGAAUGUUGGUGGGGUAAAGAAUCCCCAACCUCUUGUAGCCACCAUCUUCAGAUAUUGUUUGGAGAAACCCUACUUCAGCACCAGUUUCUAUGAAGUAGUGAGCACAAUACCUGUCAAUGAUGGGUUCCUUGAAACACUGUCCAAUGAACUUGAGCUAUCCGCAGCUGAGAGGGUUGGAGUUGGACUUGCUCUGUCAGAUUCGGAAAAUCCAGACUUGAAUCUGGAAGGGAGGAAGUUUACAAUUGCUCAAAUUGAGGAGCUAUGCUCAAGUCAUGCACACUCGGUAUCAAAUGAACGGAUUCAGGAGAUUGUGGUGUUUCUUCUCCAGACUGGUGGCCUCUCAAAGCAUUUGGACUCUUUUACUAACAUUAUCUCCCUACUAAAUCCGAAAGAGAGGCCAUUCUAUGUUCCUGUCUCACUCCAGGAAGCCAAUAGCAAUCAAGCAAAUUCUUCAAGACAUAUGGAGCUGUGCUUUGGUAGCUUAGAUGAUGAUUUUGAUUCCCUUCUAUCCGAAAUUGGAAAACAGAUAAGCCUCCCUGAUAUUAUCACUGAACUGGGAUAUGGAUGCGCUUAUGAUAUUGCUCAUUGUAAAGAGAUACUAUUGCACUUUGAGCCUCUUGAUGAUACGGCAAUCUCUAAGUUACUUGGUGCGGUUGUUUGCACUCGUAUCGGUGUUGGAGAGACUCAAAACACAUAUUCCAUAUUCCUUUCUGCUUUUGGGAACUGCCAAACAGUUGAUUCAUCUCAGUUGACUGCCUGGAAUAUAGAUGUCCUUGUGGAUUCAAUCAAUGAAAUUGCACCUGGAACUAACUGGGCGCAUGUUAUGGAAAAUCUUGAUCAUGAGGGUUUUAAUAUCCCUGAUGAAACUGCUUUCCGUUUAUUGAUGUCUAUAUAUUCUCGGGCUUGCAAGGACCCAUUCCCACUUCAUGCAAUCUGUGGAUCAUUGUGGAAGAAUACAGAAGGACAACUGUCAUUCUUGAAACAUGCAGUGGCUUCGCCUAAUGAUACAUUUACUUUCACACAUUGUACCAAGAAGAUGCCUUUUCCAGACUUGGGAACUCUUAACCAAGGCAAUCAGGCUUGGUACUGCCUAGACCUUCUUGAGGUGUUAUGUCAGCUUGCUGAACUUGGCUAUGCAAAGCCAGUACGUACAAUGCUUGACUAUCCCCUGAUUCAUUGUCCUGAAGUGUUGCUUCUCGGUGUUAGCCACAUCAAUACUACAUAUAAUCUCAUUCAACAUGAAGUAUUGUCUCAUGUUUUUCCUGCUAUGUUAAAGAACAACACACACAGCCGUCUUAUGAACUACCUCUGGCAUAUCAACCCUUACCUUACUCUUCGAGGAUUUGUUGAUGCUCAUUCUGAUAUAAAUUGUCUUCUGAGAACCGUUGAGAUAUGUGAAGACCUAAAGAUCUUGGCCACUGUCCUUGAUUCCACCCCGUUUGCUUUUAGCAUUAGACUUGCUACAGCUGCCUUUAGGAAAGAUCAUAGCAAUCUGGAGAAAUGGCUGACUGAAAAGUUGAGUACACAAAGAGCAACUUUUAUUGAGGAAUGUGUUAAAUUCUUGAAAGAAAUUAUGAUAAGCACAAAUUAUGGUGCUGCGGAAGGUUCCAUUCAACAUCCUCAAGUUACUAUUUCAAGUAUCUGCCAGGACUGUUGCCCUGUAUUUAUAAAGGUUCUUCGUUCUCACUCGGGGCAGCUGUUGUCUAACCAACUAGUGGAUGAACUUAGGAGAGUUGAAGCAGUGUAUGAAUCAAGGAAUCAUGGUGAUGUAGGAAGGGACAUGCCCUCUCCUGAUGUAGGGGAAGACAUUGAAGCUCAGGCAAAUAUUUAUUUUCAACAGAUGUUUGCUGGACAGAUAAGCGUUGAUGCUAUGAUACAAAUGCUUUUACGCUUCAAAGAAUCUAAAGACAAGAGGGAGCUAUCAAUUUUCAACUGCAUGAUCUCAAAUUUGUUUGAAGAAUACAAGUUCUUCCCAAAGUAUCCAGAUGCACAACUUAAAUUAGCUGCUGUGCUUUUUGGCUCUGUCAUAAAGCAUCAACUUGUGGCCCACCUUGCACUCGGAAUUGCUCUACGCGGUGUUCUUGAUGCCCUGCGUAAAUCUAUUGAUUCAAAGAUGUUUAUGUUUGGUACAACAGCGUUGGAGCAGUUUAUGGAUCGAGUAAUUGAGUGGCCACAGUAUUGCAACCAUAUACUGCAGAUUUCACAUCUUCGCGGAACACAUGCUGAAUUAGUUUCUGCUAUUGAGCAAGCACUUGCCAAAAUAUCAUUGAGUCAAAAUGAGCCGAAUUUGGGGCCUAUGCUUCCUGUGGAUCAGCGGGGUUCUGGUUCACAGUCUAUCGAAAACAUAGAGUCUUCGGAAGCAUCAUGGCAGUUCAUAAAUUCGACACCAACACAGCUAGAUAGGACGAUUUCUUCAUUUGCACUACAACAGAGGAACCAAGGUUUCCUAGGGGAGAGGUCCAAAGGCUCAACUAAUAGUAGUCAAGCAAAACCCAUGAUGCCUAUUGGCCAGCCACCUCUCGCUUCAACUUCUAGUGAUCUGGGUUCUAAUCCAAAGGCUACUGUGUCAUUGUCCUCUCAAGCUUCUCCACAUCAUUCUAGCUCCGUGUCAGGUCUUUCACAACCUUCUAGUUUUCCACGAUCUAGAAGUUCAGCUCCAUCAGGCAUCCUUCGACAACCUUCCUACACUACAGGUUUUGGAGCUGCUUUAAAUAUUGAGACUCUUGUUGCUGCAGCUGAACGAAGAGAUACACCAAUCGAGGCCCCACCAUCUGAAGUUCAAGACAAAAUUUUCUUCAUGAUCAAUAAUAUUUCCACUUCCAAUAUAGAGGCUAAAGCAAAAGAGUUUAAUGAGGUUUUACAGGAGCAGUAUUAUCCUUGGUUUGCGCAAUACAUGGUCAUGAAAAGGGCUAGCAUCGAACCAAAUUUCCAUGACUUGUAUUUGAAGUUCUUUGACAAGGUUAACUCAAAAUCCUUGAAUAAGGAAAUAAUGAAAGCUACAUAUGAGAACUGCAAGGUCUUGUUACAAUCAGAUCUUAUCAAAUCUAGUUCUGAAGAGCGUUCGUUGCUAAAAAAUCUUGGUAGCUGGCUUGGAAAAUUCACUAUAGGUAGGAAUCAAACAUUACGAGCGAAGGAAAUCGACCCGAAAAUCUUAAUAGUUGAGGCUUAUGAAAGGGGUUUGAUGAUUGCGGUCAUUCCGUUUACUUCAAAGAUUCUUGAGCCUUGCCAUUCAAGUAUAGCAUAUCGACCUCCAAAUCCUUGGACAAUGGGUAUUCUUAGUCUACUUGUUGAAAUAUAUAACCUACCAAAUCUCAAAAUGAACUUGAAGUUUGACAUUGAGGUCUUGUUUAAGAAUCUCAGUGUUGACAUGAAAGAUGUAAAACCAUCUUCUCUUCUUAAAGAUCGGAUUCGUCAAGUUGUGGGAAAUCCAGAUUUUUCAAAUAAAGAUGUUAGUACAUCUCAAACAUCGGCAGCUGCAGAGGUCUCUUCUGGUAUCGUUCCUUCAAUGAGCCAUGUGGAACUCCAACCUGAGAUUAGUAGCACUUCACGUGCCACAAGCCUUCCAAAUAUGCUUAACCAGUAUGGAGCACCCAUUCGCCUACCUUCCAACAGCAUGGUUGAAGAUGAUAAGGUUGCUUUAAUAAUGCCUGAACAGGUUACCUCUCACAGCCUGACCCAGGUUGCACCUCCUCAAACGCCAUCACCAUCCCCGUUUUCUCUGAGUCAGCUUAUGGCAGCAAUCCCACGUGCCGAUAUAUAUUUUAGAAUCAACGAAAAGCUUAACUCUCUUGGUCCACAGUUGCAGUAUAGCAAGUAUGUUUCUCUAUAUAAGCUUAUCUUGCACUGUAAUUUCUUGUGCUCAUCUGACAACACUUGUGAUAUUCAUAGAAUCAUGGAUGUGGCUCUGGAUAAGGCUAUUAAGGAGAUUAUAGGUCCUGUCAUUCAAAGAAGUGUAACGAUAGCUAGCCGAACCACGAAGGAGCUUAUUCUAAAGGAUUAUGCAAUGGAAUCUGAUGAUGGUACCAUAUCUCGCGCUGCACAUUUGAUGGUUGGUACAUUAGCAGGAAGUUUAGCCCAUGUUACUUCCAAGGAGCCUCUUCGCGUUGCUUUGUUAUCUCAUCUUCGAAGUCUUGUUCAGAACCUGAUUAGUAACAGCGAAACCACUGAACAAAUUAGUCAAAUUCUUGUUAAUGAUAAUCUGGAUCUUGGAUGUGCUCUAACAGAGACUGUGGCAACACGCAAGGCCAUUGAGAUGAUUGAUGCAGACAUCAAGCAACCUUUUUCACAACUCAGGAGACAAAAGGAACUACAGGGCUCUGCGUAUUAUGAUGUUUCCCCUUAUACUCAAGGUCUUACACGUGUCCCCGAUGUACUUCGUCCAAAACCUUCUGGUAACUUGUCUGCUGUCCAACGGCGAGUAUAUGAGGACUUCAUCACUGUUUGGCAUAGCCAGAGCAGUCAAAAUGCUGCAGCAACAACUCCUGCUACAACCGUGCCUGUUGCCCCACCUGAUUCCACUAUUGUUUCAGUUCAUGGCCCAAUUUUAGCACCAUCAGCCUCCAGUAGUUUCUCAACUCUCCAAUUUGCCCCAUUCACAUCUACAAAUCAGUCAACAGAAUUAAUACCUGACAAGACGGAUUCUGCUACUACACAACUUUCUUGUGUUUCUGCUCAAGUUAGCACAACCGACAGUUCUGGCCAAGUUUCUGGAAUCACAAAUGUUGCUUCUGUUUUUCCGCCUAUGGCCUCUGGCGACCUUCUAGUGGGAGAAUUAGCAACUGCAACUAAAGAUAUAGGUGCUGCAAUACAGGCUUCGCCUGCAGUUGCUAUUAAUCGUCUAGGAUCUGCUUUUCCGGAACUGCUGAAUACUGGUGAUGCGCUGGAUAGAUAUCAGCUUGUUUGGCAGAAGCUGGAAACCUUGAUUGCGAAUAAUGGAAAAGAUGCAGAAAUUCAGUCUGUUAUUGCGGAAGUUCCUGAUAUCUUGCUCAGAUGCGUCAGUCGGGAUGAAGCUGCGUUAGCAGUUGCACAGAAGGUUUUCAGAAGUUUAUAUGAAAAUGCUUCAAAGAGCACUUUUGUCACAUGGCUUCUAGCAACCCUUGUUGCAGUGCGUGAUGUUUGCAAACUUGUUGCGAAAGAGUUAACGAGCUGGGUAAUAUAUUCAGAUGAAGAGAAGAAAUUUAACUUGGACAUAAUUAUUGGACUUAUUCGUUCUGAUCUGCUUAAUCUUGGGGAGUAUAAUGUUCAUUUGGCAAAGCUUAUAGAUGGUGGAAGAAAUAAGACUGCAACGGAAUUUGCUAUAUCACUCAUCCAGACAUUGGUUACCCAAGAUUUCAGUAGUGUCUCCGAGCUUUUUAAUGUUGUUGAUGCCUUGUCGAAGCUUGCAACGAGGCCUGGGUCACCUGAUUCCUUGCAGCACUUGAUUGAAAUUGCAAGGAGUUCCUUCAACAACAAUGCUAAUUAUGCUGCUUCGAAGGAUGAAAAGGUUCUAUCUGGUCGUCCUUUGAUGAAUAACGAAGAAGAUAAUGCUGAUGGCAUUGCUUUUGCUAGUGCUGCUGAUUUUCAGGAUAAGGUUGCAGUCUUGUUUUCUGAGUGGUGUCAAAUAUGUGAUCAUCCUGCUAUGGGUGAUUCAGUGUAUAGUCAUUACAUUGUGCAGUUGCAACAGAAUGGCUUGCUGAAGGGAGAUGAUGUGACUGACCGUUUCUUCUUUAGUCUAACGGAACUUGCUAUCGCACACUCUAUAGUGCCUGAGCAAACCAUUGCUCCUACUGGACUAUCUCAGCAACCAUCCCCGCAACAGCAGAUUUCAUAUUUUUCAAUUGAUUCAUAUUCAAAACUUGUGGCUUCAGUUGUCAAACAGUCUGUGGAUUUAGGACCAAAUAAAGGCAGUCUUCUCCAUAAGAUUCUUGCUGUGACAGCUAGAAUCAUUCAGAAAGAUGCUGAAGAAAAGAAAGUUUCUUUCAAUCCUCGGCCGUAUUUUCGUUUGUUUAUAAAUUGGCUAAAUGAGCUUACUACUUCUGACCUUCACCAUGACGGCACUAAUUUUCAGGUUUUGACUGCAUUUGCAAAUGCAUUCCAUAUUCUGCAACCCUUGAGAGUUCCAGCUUGGAGUUUUGCUUGGCUUGAGUUGGUGAGCCACCGAUGCUUCAUGCCGAAGUUAUUGAUGUGCAAUUUGCAAAAAGGAUGGCCGUUUUUUCAGAGGUUGCUUGUUGAUUUGUUCAAAUUCAUGGAGCCAUACUUAAGAAAUGCUGAACUGGGACAACCUAUUCUCCUUUUGUACAAAGGAACAUUAAGAGUUCUGCUUGUGCUACUGCAUGAUUUCCCUGAAUUUCUUUGUGACUAUCACUUCAGUUUCUGUGAUGUGAUUCCGCCAAGCUGUAUUCAAAUGCGUAAUGUUAUUCUUAGUGCCUUUCCACGCAAUAUGAGACUUCCAGAUCCCUCCACUCCUAACUUAAAGAUUGAUCUGCUAGCGGAGAUUUCAAUAGCUCCUCGAAUCAUGACUGAUGUGGAUGGUGCUUUGAAGGCAAAGCAAAUGAAAGCUCAGGUUGAUGAAUACCUAAAGAGACCAGAAGGCUCCCUCUUUUUAACUGAUCUAAAGCAGAAGUUGUUGCUACCACAAAAUGAGGCAAAUGUUGCAGGGACUCGUUACAAUGUUCCUCUAGUUAAUUCACUUGUCCUUUACGUUGGUAUGCAGGCUGUGCAGCAGUUGCAGCAAAACAAGGCGAAUGCAUCGGCAUCAGCACAAAUUAACCAAAGUCCUCAAAUGGAUAUAUUCCAGAUUGAAACAGCUACUGAGCUGUUCAGAAACCUUGUAAUGACUAUGGAUACAGAAGGUCGCUACCUUAUUCUCAAUGCGAUUGCUAACCAGCUUCGCUACCCAAAUAGCCAUACCCACUACUUUUCCUUCAUCAUUCUGUACUUGUUUGCCGAGGCAACCCAGGAAAUUGUCCAGGAGCAGAUAACUAGAGUUCUUUUGGAAAGGUUAAUUGUCAACCGUCCUCAUCCUUGGGGAUUACUCAUUACUUUCAUUGAGCUGAUAAAGAACCCACGCUACAGCUUUUGGACUAGAUCCUUUACACACUGUGCGCCGGAGAUAGAGAAGCUGUUCGAGUCAGUGGCAAGGUCCUGUGGAGGGAAAGGCGCGGAUGAUGGAAUUGGUCUCGCAGAUGGUGGCCACUAGGAAAAUGUCUACUGUUUGUACAUUUGUUUAUACUAUCGUCUAGAAUUCUGAAGACAUUGGCUUUAAUUUUACUGUUGGAGUUUUAGGAUAUUGUAUAGUUAGAACACCUUGCACUGAGGGCCUGUCAACCGUGAUGGUUAUGUAAAUCACCCCUCCAUGCAAGUACUAGGUGGUGGUUCUCGGAUGCAGAUUAUGUUACUUAAGCUGGAAGUUGAGACUCGCUCUGUGACCCGUCCCAUUCCUCUAACAUCUUAAACAUAUAUCAAAUUCGGUGCUGACC